UCCUCAAGCUGGUCCAAGCCCACAUGACAUAAUAAGACUACGAACAGUUUGCAACGCUAAUUUGAGAUUCAUCCAAGCGCUAUAUAACUUACCCACUACUACAAGUGAUCUUCCCAAGUUUUUCAUUUUUUAACCUCCAACUCUUCUCACUCUGCAUUCCUCUUCUCCCACUGAAUUCCACUUCUCUUCUUUUUUCAUUUGUGAUUGUUUAAGAUGUCUGCAGACAAGAAGAAGAUUGUGUUGAAAUUGUAUUUGCAUGAUGACAAGGCCAAAACGAAGGCUAUGGCAAGAGUCUCCAGCCUCCAGGGGAUUGAUUCCCUCGCCAUAGACAUGAAUGAGCAGAAGUUGACGGUGACCGGAGACGUCGACCCGGUUGAUGUUGUCCGCAACCUAAGGAAAUGCUGGUACACCGAAAUUCUUUCGGUCGGACCAGCCAAAGAAGAGAAGAAGAAAGAGGAGCCGAAGAAGGAAGGGGGCGACAAGAAAAAAGAAGCAUACCAGGAUUACAAAUCUCAUGUGACUGUGUACCACUGCGUUCAGUGUGCUGAGGAGAAUCCAAAUGCUUGUGUAACAUGUUAAUGGUUGCUCCAACAAUCGGAGAAGGAAUAGAAGAAACCGAUACAUGCCCGGGGGUGAUGAGUUUAUUCCGGUCGAAAGACAGGCUCAAAGAUUAUAAGGGUGGUGAUGUGAAGGGGAUGAUGGGAACUAAGAUGGUUACUCAUGCUGAAUUAAGUAUAUGAAUAGAGAUAAGUGAAUGUUUGGAUGUAUAAGGAUUGUUGGUAGUCAUUACUUAGGAGUUGUUUCUUUUUCUAUCUCAUGUUUUUCCAGUUGAAUAUGUGUUUUAAAUAGUAUGUACAAAAGAAAGAGUCUUCUUCUUCUUUGUGUGCUUGAAGAAAAUGAUCUAGAUUUACUUUUAAUUGGUCGUCACUGGCCAGAAGUACCUGGCCUUUUGUCUUGGGUAUAUUGACAUGCUUAACUGCACAUACAUGGCAUGACCAAGCUGUGCAUGUCUACUGUUUUAUACACACAUUCAUGCCUAAA